UCCCGAGAAAAAAGACAACAGAGAUAUAGACGCAUUUUUGUUGGAUGCUUGAUGGUAGAAACCUAAGUGAGGAAGAAAGAGUACUACUUGGUUUUGAAGUAGUAUUAUUUUGGUUUAGACAAUUUAUCGAUAAAAUAUUUACUCCGCAUUCAAGUACCUGGACAUCAACACAAUUAUAUGCUACCAAGUCAUAGCAAAUACGAAAUCAUAAAAGCAUAGAGGAUAUUUAUCUGUCUAUUUUGCAUACAUUAUAUAUUUGUAAGUAUUUAUUUGAGUGAAAAAAGAAGAAUUUAACAAUUGCACACCAAGUUCGACAUAUUCUUUUCAAGAUGGAAAAGUUCAAACUUCAAAUUGCGCUAAGUUGUUUUUUUAGCAGCUUUUUAGUAUUUGGACAAAAAGCAGUCAACAAAACACAUUGCAACUAUCCAGCGGAUGUUGUCUUUCUUAUUGAUGGAUCUGCCAGUGUAGGACAAGAAUUUAAUAAACAAGUAGAGCUAGUUAGCAAUAUUGUUAAGCAUCUUGGUGGAGUUUCAGAAUAUGGCUUACAUGCAAGUGUUGUUGUGAUCAGUACAAAUUCAUUUGUCAGUGUAAAACUAAAUGACUAUUAUGAUAACAAUGAUUUUAAUGAAGCCAUACAUAAUAUCAAUUACCCACGUGGUGCAACGAGAAUUGACUUAGCGUUGCUACAAGUGGAACAAAAAAUUCUUAAACAUGCUCGCCCUGGUGUGCCAAAAUUUUUAAUUUUACAAACAGAUGGUGCCCAAACACAAACUGCUGGUUAUGUCAACCCAAAACUUGUAAUGAACAGAUUGGUUCAAAAAGAUGUGAAGCCGUUCAUAGUUGCCAUAGGAAGCGACGUGCACUUACCAGACCUGGAAAAUCUUAUAACGAGGGAAGCAUACAUUCCUUCUCAAAAUAAGUUGGAAGAUAUUUUUCAAGCUAAAGAUUCUUCACAUUUAAACAAGGAAGAAUUUAUUCAAAAAAUAUCAACAUCUGUUUGUUCGUAUUCUGGAAAAGUGACAUCAAAUGGUUACAAUGUUGCAGCUGAUAUCGGAUUCUUACUUGAUACAACAUUGGAAGUGAAAUCACAAGUUACACUACUUAAACACUUUACGUCAUAUUUUUAUGUAUCUCCAACACACACGCAAUUUGCCUUACUCGAAUACUCCACAGAACCUAUUGUACGAUUUAAGUUCAACGAUGCUACGAAUUCUGAGCAUCUUUCAUUAUUAGUAAAGAACAAUGAAUUUAUAAAAGCCAGCCGUCAAGCCAGGCUUGAUGUUGCAUUAGACUUUGCAUAUAAAAGUUUGUUUACGAGUGCGUAUGGUGCUAGAACACGUGUCCCUAGGGUGUUGCUAGUUUGUUCAGAUGGGUUGGCGUUAUCAGAAGAGCAUAGCAAAUCCGUAUUCAAGUAUUUACAGUUACUGAAACAAGCUGGUGUACUGGUCUAUCUGGUGUCUGUUGGCAAGAUCAAUGCUGAAAUCGGUCUUGUCGCUGCUAAUAGAGCGUUUUAUGUCAAUGAGAUUAAAGAUGUUGUGAAUUCAAAAUUUCAAGACAACAUGGGAAAAGUUGUCCUUUCAGGAAUAUCUGAAACUCAAAGGAAUUUAACCUUAUCUGCAAAAUGUCCAACAACAUUAAACAUUGGUUUUGUAAUUGAUGCUUCAGGAAGUAUUGCGAGUCACUAUUCUGAUUUGCUUGAUGUCAUUGUGCGUCUCCUUGAUCAUUUUAAUAUAUCGAAAGAAGGUAGCCAUGUUGGCGCGAUCUCUUUUAGUGAUGAUAGCAAUACUGUAAUUGGAUUUGAUGAGCACUACGAUGUUGAUUCGUUUAAACUAGCAGUGCGUUCAUUACCUUUACCCAAUGGGCAGACACGUAUAGAUAAAGCAAUGAGAAAAGUGCAUGAAGAUCUAAUGAAAUCAGAUUCUGCUUCGCGUCCUAAUGUUGUAACCGUGCUAUACAUUUUAACUGAUGGACUUCAAACAUCAUCAAGUGUGACUCUAUCCCUGGAGAAAUCUAUCGAUCAGAUCAUAUCUUUAGGGGGCGAGACAUUUGUUAUUGCUAUUGGAGAAGACGUUCAUAAAAAUAAUCUUCAUGCUUUGGUGCAGAGCGACAAGAAUGUCUUUCAUGCACCAACAUAUGACCAAUUAAAUUCUGACGCAUUUAUCACAUCCAUAUCACAAAAAACAUGCGACAUUGUGGCGGAAAGGAAGAUGAUAAUUGAGUCGCCAUUGGAUGUUGCAAUUAUUCUGGAUGAUUCAGAUGCAUCAAAACAUUAUUUCCAAAUGCAAAAAGAUCUUGUUAAAUCAUUCUCACAGAGAAUUACUCUCUCAACAAGUGGUAUCAGAUUAGGGAUUGGGAUAAGCUCUUUAAAUACUUCAACCCCAGUUCUCUUAAAAGAUAGUUACACUCAUGAAAAACUUGUAGGAAAAAUCGAUGGAUUUCAAUAUCUAGGUGGAAGUAGUAGAAUUGAUAAGGCGCUGAAUGAAGUGACGUAUAACUUGUUUUCUCCACAAAAUGGUGGUAGGAAAAACGCUAAGAAGGUCGUCUUGCUAUUCACAGAUGGCAUCCAAACUUCAAAUCGAGCAGAAGUAUUUAGAGAAGCAGAAAAGUUAAGGAAAUUAGGCGGGAAUGUAUUCAUCAUAGUUUAUGGUGAUGUCUAUGACUAUGACUUGCUGCGAAAAAUUGCCGGUAGCGAAAAGAAAAUAUUUUUUGUUGAAACUUCCAACGCUGCUGAUUCAGUAAACACACUUAAGAAACUAUUGGACUUCACGAGAAAAGUUUCAGAAGAGCCUUUUUCACAAGUUAGAAAAACUGCUACCAACUGGUUUCCUUCAUCAUUUGGUAUUUGGCAGGAUGAAGAUAACAUGUUUACUGGCUACCUACCUGAUGUGGAUGAUGAAGUAUGGCAUUACGGACCUGCUCGUAUAUGGUCUCAGCCAAUACAACGCUCUCGUUACAUCAUCGAAACGCAAAUAAAACCCGUGUCGACAUCUAAUCAUUCUGGUUAUGGUGCUUGUGGUCACGUGUUCAAAUAUAAGUUGGGAAGCACACGUUCUUCAAAGAUGGUAACUCAAGCAUGGGGAUAUUUUCUUUGGGUGAACCAGUUUCUAUAUAUCAGUUCAGAUGGUUCGGAAAGUAGUCCGCGUAUCAAAUUUAAGUACCAGUCAGGUGAUUGGUUAAACUUAAAAUCUGUUGUCGACGGAGUUAAUGUGAAACUUUAUAUUAAUGGCAUCUUUAUAAAAUCAUUAAAACUCACUGGUGACGGGGCUGAUUCGCCGACAGAUAAUUAUGUUGGUUUGUGGUGUCAUCGAUUAGUAUUUAUGGCAGGGAGAGACUUUAAGGUCACACCGUUGCAUGAUUCGUGCUUAAUUCGUAAUGGAGGUUGUUCACAAGUCUGCAAUUCUUCUCCAUACGCCUACCAAUGUGGAUGUCACGAAGGCUAUCGGUUGAAAAGGGAUGGCAAAACAUGUGAAGAUCUUAACGAAUGUCUUGAAGUCAAUGGUGGCUGUGAUAACGCUUGUGAAAAUUUACCAAGACACUACAAAUGUAGAGCGUUCACACAGCCACAAAGUCCUACCACCGAAGUUAGUACAAAAAAAUAUGUCACUGAAAGUACUUUAACUACCACCGAAACUGCCGCAAGGGAGACUGACGCGUCUGUUGAAACUACUGCUCUUCCAAUUACAGAUUCCAAUGAGAAAACUUCGUUAGGUUCGAAAGCAAGUGAAAUUGAUACCACCACUCUUUCGCCUGACGUGACUACUUCUGAGGUUCAAACUGAUAAGAAGGUUGACGUCACUGUUCCCGAAACCACUGUUUCUCCUAACACAGAGAACAAAAUUUCCACAUCACCAAACAUACAGACCACAGCAGCAACUACAGACGAAGUUGAAACCGAAUCUGUUGUUGAAACAACACUUGGCCCUGAUACCACUGUUGCCAAUGUUGCAGGCCAAACUUAUCCUGUGAGCCACAGUACAUCCCCUCCGAUCUCAAGUGCUUCCUCUUCCACACAAUCUAAAUCAUCCGUAGCCGACGCUGAAACUACAUUCGAGCCUACGAAGACCACCGGCGAAGAAAAAACUGAGAACCUCUUGGCAACCACAAAGUCAUCUAAAGUUACCCCCGAAACUGUCGCAAGGGAGACUGACGCGUCUGUUGAAACUACUGCUCUUCCAAUUACAGAUUACAAUGAGAAAACUUCGUUAGGUUCCAAAGCAAGUGAAAUUGAUACCACCACUCUUUCACCUGACGUGACUACUUCUGCAGUUCAAACUGAUAAGGAGGUUGGCGUGACUGUUCCCGAAGCCACUGUUUCUGCUAACACAGAGAGCAAAAUUUCUACAUCACAAAACAUACAGACCACUGCAGCAACUACAGACGAAGUUGAAACCGAAUCUGUUGUUGAAACAACACUUGGCCCUGAUACCACUGUUGCCAAUGUUGGAGGCCAAACUGAUCCUGUGAGCCACAGUACACCCCCUCCAAUCACAAGUGCUUCCUCUUCCACACAACCUAAAUCAUCCGUAGCCGACGCUGAAACUACAUUCGAGCCCACGGAGACCACCGGCGAGGAAAAAACUGAGAACCUUUUGGCAACCACAAAGUCAUCUAAAGUUACCACCGAAACUGUCGCAAGUGAGACUGACGAGUCUGUUGAAACUACUGCUCCUCCAAUUACAGAUUCCAAUGAGAAAACUUCGUUAGGUUCGAAAGCAAGUGAAAUUGGUACUACCACUCUUUCGCCUGACGUCACUACUUCUGAGGUUCAAACUGAUAAGAAGGUUGACGUCACUGUUCCCGAAACCACUGUUUCUGCUAACACAGAGAGGAAAAUUUCUACACCGCAAGACAUACAGACCACAGCAGCAACUACAGACGAAGUUGAAACCGAAUCUGUUGUUGAAACAACACUUGGCCCUGAUACCACUGUUGCCAAUGUUGCAGGCCAAACUUAUCCUGUGGGCCACAGUACAUCCCCUCCGAUCACAAGUGUUUCCUCUUCCACACAAUCUAAAUCAUCCGUAGCCGACGCUGAAACUACAUUCGAGCCCACGAAGACCACCGGUGAGGAAAAAACUGAGAACCUUAUGGCAACCACAAAGUCAUCUAAAGUUACCCCCGAAACUGUCGCAAGGGAGACUGAUGCGUCUGUUGAAACUACUGCUCUUCCAAUUACAGAUUCCAAUGAGAAAACUUCGUUAGGUUCCAAAGCAAGUGAAAUUGAUACCACCACUCUUUCACCUGACGUGACUACUUCUGCAGUUCAAACUGAUAAGGAGGUUGGCGUGACUGUUCCCGAAGCCACUGUUUCUGCUAACACAGAGAGCAAAAUUUCUACAUCACAAAACAUACAGACCACUGCAGCAACUACAGACGAAGUUGAAACCGAAUCUGUUGUUGAAACAACACUUGGCCCUGAUACCACUGUUGCCAAUGUUGGAGGCCAAACUGAUCCUGUGAGCCACAGUACACCCCCUCCAAUCACAAGUGCUUCCUCUUCCACACAACCUAAAUCAUCCGUAGCCGACGCUGAAACUACAUUCGAGCCCACGGAGACCACCGGCGAGGAAAAAACUGAGAACCUUUUGGCAACCACAAAGUCAUCUAAAGUUACCCCCGAAACUGUCGCAAGGGAGACUGACGAGUCUGUUGAAACUACUGCUCCUCCAAUUACAGAUUCCAAUGAGAAAACUUCGUUAGGUUCCAAAGCAAGUGAAAUUGGUACUACCACUCUUUCGCCUGACGUGACUACUUCUGCAGUUCAAACUGAUAAGAAGGUUGACUUGACUGUUCCCGAAGCCACUGUUUCUGCUAACACAGAGAGCAAAAUUUCUACAUCACAAAACAUACAGACCACUGCAGCAACUACAGACGAAGUUAAAACCGAAUCUGUUGUUGAAACAACACUUGGCCCUGAUACCACUGUUGCCAAUGUUGGAGGCCAAACUGAUCCUGUGGGCCACAGUACAUCCCCUCCAAUCACAAGUGCUUCCUCUUCCACACAAUCUAAAUCAUCCGUAGCCGGUGCUGAAACUACAUUCGAGCCCACGAAGACCACCGGUGAGGAAAAAACUGAGAACCUUUUGGCAACCACAAAGUCAUCUAAAGUUACCACCGAAACUGUCGCAAGGGAGACUGACGCGUCUGUUGAAACUACUGCUCUUCCAAUUACAGAUUCCAAUGAGAAAACUUCGUUAGGUUCCAAAGCAAGUGAAAUUGAUACCACCACUCUUUCACCUGACGUAACUACUUCUGCAGUUCAAACUGAUAAGGAGGUUGACGUGACUGUUCCCGAAGCCACAGUUUCUGCUAACACAGAGAGCAAAAUUUCUACAUCACAAAACAUACAGACCACUGCAGCAACUACAGACGAAGUUGAAACCGAAUCUGUUGUUGAAACAACACUUGGCCCUGAUACCACUGUUGCCAAUGUUGGAGGUCAAACUGAUCCUGUGGGCCACAGUACAUCCCCUCCAAUCACAAGUGCUUCCUCUUUCACACAAUCUAAAUCAUCCGUAGCCGGUGCUGAAACUACAUUCGAGCCCACGAAGACCACCGGUGAGGAAAAAACUGAGAACCUUUUGGCAACCACAAAGUCAUCUAAAGUUACCACCGAAACUGUCGCAAGGGAGACUGACGCGUCUGUUGAAACUACUGCUCUUCCAAUUACAGAUUCCAAUGAGAAAACUUCGUUAGGUUCGAAAGCAAGUGAAAUUGGUACUACCACUCUUUCGCCUGACGUCACUACUUCUGAGGUUCAAACUGAUAAGAAGGUUGACGUCACUGUUCCCGAAACCACUGUUUCUGCUAACACAGAGAGGAAAAUUUCUACACCGCAAUACAUACAGACCACAGCAGCAACUACAGACGAAGUUGAAACCGAAUCUGUUGUUGAAACAACACUUGGCCCUGAUACCACUGUUGCCAAUGUUGCAGGCCAAACUUAUCCUGUGGGCCACAGUACAUCCCCUCCGAUCACAAGUGCUUCCUCUUCCACACAAUCUAAAUCAUCCGUAGCCGACGCUGAAACUACAUUCGAGCCCACGGAGACCACCGGCGAAGAAAAAACUGAGAACCUCUUGGCAACCACAAAGUCAUCUAAAGUUACCCCCGAAACUGUCGCAAGGGAGACUGACGCGUCUGUUGAAACUACUGCUCUUCCAAUUACAGAUUCCAAUGAGAAAACUUCGUUAGGUUCCAAAGCAAGUGAAAUUGAUACCACCACUCUUUCACCUGACGUGACUACUUCUGCAGUUCAAACUGAUAAGGAGGUUGACGUGACUGUUCCCGAAGCCACUGUUUCUGCUAACACAGAGAGCAAAAUUUCUACAUCACAAAACAUACAGACCACUGCAGCAACUACAGACGAAGUUGAAACCGAAUCUGUUGUUGAAACAACACUUGGCCCUGAUACCACUGUUGCCAAUGUUGGAGGCCAAACUGAUCCUGUGAGCCACAGUACACCCCCUCCAAUCACAAGUGCUUCCUCUUCCACACAACCUAAAUCAUCCGUAGCCGACGCUGAAACUACAUUCGAGCCCACGAAGACCACCGGUGAGGAAAAAACUGAGAACCUUUUGGCAACCACAAAGUCAUCUAAAGUUACCACCGAAACUGUCGCAAGGGAGACUGACGCGUCUGUUGAAACUACUGCUCUUCCAAUUACAGAUUCCAAUGAGAAAACUUCGUUAGGUUCCAAAGCAAGUGAAAUUGAUACCACCACUCUUUCACCUGACGUGACUACUUCUGCAGUUCAAACUGAUAAGGAGGUUGACGUGACUGUUCCCGAAGCCACUGUUUCUGCUAACACAGAGAGCAAAAUUUCUACAUCACAAAACAUACAGACCACUGCAGCAACUACAGACGAAGUUGAAACCGAAUCUGUUGUUGAAACAACACUUGGCCCUGAUACCACUGUUGCCAAUGUUGGAGGCCAAACUGAUCCUGUGAGCCACAGUACACCCCCUCCAAUCACAAGUGCUUCCUCUUCCACACAACCUAAAUCAUCCGUAGCCGACGCUGAAACUACAUUCGAGCCCACGGAGACCACCGGCGAGGAAAAAACUGAGAACCUUUUGGCAACCACAAAGUCAUCUAAAGUUACCACCGAAACUGUCGUAAGUGAGACUGACGAGUCUGUUGAAACUACUGCUCCUCCAAUUACAGAUUCCAAUGAGAAAAGUUCGUUAGGUUCCAAAGCAAGUGAAAUUGAUACCACCACUCUUUCACCUGACGUGACUACUUCUGCAGUUCAAACUGAUAAGGAGGUUGACGUGACUGUUCCCGAAGCCACUGUUUCUGCUAACACAGAGAGCAAAAUUUCUACAUCACAAAACAUACAGACCACUGCAGCAACUACAGACGAAGUUGAAACCGAAUCUGUUGUUGAAACAACACUUGGCCCUGAUACCACUGUUGCCAAUGUUGGAGACCAAACUGAUCCUGUGGGCCACAGUACAUCCCCUCCAAUCACAAGUGCUUCCUCUUCCACACAAUCUAAAUCAUCCGUAGCCGGUGCUGAAACUACAUUCGAGCCCACGAAGACCACCGGUGAGGAAAAAACUGAGAACCUUUUGGCAACCACAAAGUCAUCUAAAGUUACCACCGAAACUGUCGCAAGUGAGACUGACGCGUCUGUUGAAACUACUGCUCUUCCAAUUACAGAUUCCAAUGAGAAAACUUCGUUAGGUUCCAAAGCAAGUGAAAUUGAUACCACCACUCUUUCACCUGACGUGACUACUUCUGCAGUUCAAACUGAUAAGGAGGUUGACGUGACUGUUCCCGAAGCCACUGUUUCUGCUAACACAGAGAGCAAAAUUUCUACAUCACAAAACAUACAGACCACUGCAGCAACUACAGACGAAGUUGAAACCGAAUCUGUUGUUGAAACAACACUUGGCCCUGAUACCACUGUUGCCAAUGUUGGAGGCCAAACUGAUCCUGUGAGCCACAGUACACCCCCUCCAAUCACAAGUGCUUCCUCUUCCACACAACCUAAAUCAUCCGUAGCCGACGCUGAAACUACAUUCGAGCCCACGGAGACCACCGGCGAGGAAAAAACUGAGAACCUUUUGGCAACCACAAAGUCAUCUAAAGUUACCACCGAAACUGUCGUAAGUGAGACUGACGAGUCUGUUGAAACUACUGCUCCUCCAAUUACAGAUUCCAAUGAGAAAAGUUCGUUAGGUUCCAAAGCAAGUGAAAUUGAUACCACCACUCUUUCACCUGACGUGACUACUUCUGCAGUUCAAACUGAUAAGGAGGUUGACGUGACUGUUCCCGAAUCCACUGUUUCUGCUAACACAGAGAGCAAAAUUUCUACAUCACAAAACAUACAGACCACUGCAGCAACUACAGACGAAGUUGAAACCGAAUCUGUUGUUGAAACAACACUUGGCCCUGAUACCACUGUUGCCAAUGUUGGAGGCCAAACUGAUCCUGUGGGCCACAGUACAUCCCCUCCAAUCACAAGUGCUUCCUCUUCCACACAAUCUAAAUCAUCCGUAGCCGGUGCUGAAACUACAAUGGAGCCUACGAAGACCACCGUCGAGGAGAAAACUGAGAACGUCUUGGCAACCACAAAGUCAUCUAAAGUUACCACCCAAACUGUCCCAAGGGAGACUAACGCGUCUGCUGAAACUACUGCUUCUCCAAUUACAGAUUCCGAUGAGAAAACUUCGUUAGGUUCCAAAGCAAGUGAAAUUGAUACCACCACUCUUUCACCUGACGUGACUACUUCUGCAGUUCAAACUGAUAAGGAGGUUGACGUUACUGUUCCCGAAACCACUGUUUCUCCUAACACAGAGAACAAAAUUUCCACAUCACCAAACAUACAGACCACAGCAGCAACUACAGACGAAGUUGAAACCGAAUCUGUUGUUGAAACAACACUUGUCCCUGAUACCACUGUUGCCAAUGUUGGAGGCCACACUGAUCCUGCGGGCCACAGUACAUCCCCUCCAAUCACAAGUGCUUCCUCUUCCACACAAUCUAAAUCAUCCGUAGCCGGUGCUGAAACUACAUUCGAGCCCACGAAGACCACCGGUGAGGAAAAAACUGAGAACCUUUUGGCAACCACAAAGUCAUCUAAAGUUACCACCGAAACUGUCGCAAGGGAGACUGACGCGUCUGUUGAAACUACUGCUCUUCCAAUUACAGAUUCCAAUGAGAAAACUUCGUUAGGUUCCAAAGCAAGUGAAAUUGAUACCACCACUCUUUCACCUGACGUGACUACUUCUGCAGUUCAAACUGAUAAGGAGGUUGACGUGACUGUUCCCGAAGCCACUGUUUCUGCUAACACAGAGAGCAAAAUUUCUACAUCACAAAACAUACAGACCACUGCAGCAACUACAGACGAAGUUGAAACCGAAUCUGUUGUUGAAACAACACUUGGCCCUGAUACCACUGUUGCCAAUGUUGGAGGCCAAACUGAUCCUGUGAGCCACAGUACACCCCCUCCAAUCACAAGUGCUUCCUCUUCCACACAACCUAAAUCAUCCGUAGCCGACGCUGAAACUACAUUCGAGCCCACGGAGACCACCGGCGAGGAAAAAACUGAGAACCUUUUGGCAACCACAAAGUCAUCUAAAGUUACCACCGAAACUGUCGUAAGUGAGACUGACGAGUCUGUUGAAACUACUGCUCCUCCAAUUACAGAUUCCAAUGAGAAAAGUUCGUUAGGUUCCAAAGCAAGUGAAAUUGAUACCACCACUCUUUCACCUGACGUGACUACUUCUGCAGUUCAAACUGAUAAGGAGGUUGACGUGACUGUUCCCGAAGCCACUGUUUCUGCUAACACAGAGAGCAAAAUUUCUACAUCACAAAACAUACAGACCACUGCAGCAACUACAGACGAAGUUGAAACCGAAUCUGUUGUUGAAACAACACUUGGCCCUGAUACCACUGUUGCCAAUGUUGGAGGCCAAACUGAUCCUGUGGGCCACAGUACAUCCCCUCCAAUCACAAGUGCUUCCUCUUCCACACAAUCUAAAUCAUCCGUAGCCGGUGCUGAAACUACAUUCGAGCCCACGAAGACCACCGGUGAGGAAAAAACUGAGAACCUUUUGGCAACCACAAAGUCAUCUAAAGUUACCACCGAAACUGUCGCAAGGGAGACUGACGCGUCUGUUGAAACUACUGCUCUUCCAAUUACAGAUUCCAAUGAGAAAACUUCGUUAGGUUCCAAAGCAAGUGAAAUUGAUACCACCACUCUUUCACCUGACGUGACUACUUCUGCAGUUCAAACUGAUAAGGAGGUUGACGUGACUGUUCCCGAAGCCACUGUUUCUGCUAACACAGAGAGCAAAAUUUCUACAUCACAAAACAUACAGACCACUGCAGCAACUACAGACGAAGUUGAAACCGAAUCUGUUGUUGAAACAACACUUGGCCCUGAUACCACUGUUGCCAAUGUUGGAGGCCAAACUGAUCCUGUGAGCCACAGUACACCCCCUCCAAUCACAAGUGCUUCCUCUUCCACACAACCUAAAUCAUCCGUAGCCGACGCUGAAACUACAUUCGAGCCCACGGAGACCACCGGCGAGGAAAAAACUGAGAACCUUUUGGCAACCACAAAGUCAUCUAAAGUUACCACCGAAACUGUCGUAAGUGAGACUGACGAGUCUGUUGAAACUACUGCUCCUCCAAUUACAGAUUCCAAUGAGAAAAGUUCGUUAGGUUCCAAAGCAAGUGAAAUUGAUACCACCACUCUUUCACCUGACGUGACUACUUCUGCAGUUCAAACUGAUAAGGAGGUUGACGUGACUGUUCCCGAAUCCACUGUUUCUGCUAACACAGAGAGCAAAAUUUCUACAUCACAAAACAUACAGACCACUGCAGCAACUACAGACGAAGUUGAAACCGAAUCUGUUGUUGAAACAACACUUGGCCCUGAUACCACUGUUGCCAAUGUUGGAGGCCAAACUGAUCCUGUGGGCCACAGUACAUCCCCUCCAAUCACAAGUGCUUCCUCUUCCACACAAUCUAAAUCAUCCGUAGCCGGUGCUGAAACUACAAUGGAGCCUACGAAGACCACCGUCGAGGAGAAAACUGAGAACGUCUUGGCAACCACAAAGUCAUCUAAAGUUACCACCCAAACUGUCCCAAGGGAGACUAACGCGUCUGCUGAAACUACUGCUUCUCCAAUUACAGAUUCCGAUGAGAAAACUUCGUUAGGUUCCAAAGCAAGUGAAAUUGAUACCACCACUCUUUCACCUGACGUGACUACUUCUGCAGUUCAAACUGAUAAGGAGGUUGACGUUACUGUUCCCGAAACCACUGUUUCUCCUAACACAGAGAACAAAAUUUCCACAUCACCAAACAUACAGACCACAGCAGCAACUACAGACGAAGUUGAAACCGAAUCUGUUGUUGAAACAACACUUGUCCCUGAUACCACUGUUGCCAAUGUUGGAGGCCACACUGAUCCUGCAGGCCACAGUACAUCCCCUCCAAUCACAAGUGCUUCCUCUUCCACACAAUCUAAAUCAUCCGUAGCCGGUGCUGAAACUACAUUCGAGCCCACGAAGACCACCGGUGAGGAAAAAACUGAGAACCUUUUGGCAACCACAAAGUCAUCUAAAGUUACCACCGAAACUGUCGCAAGGGAGACUGACGCGUCUGUUGAAACUACUGCUCUUCCAAUUACAGAUUCCAAUGAGAAAACUUCGUUAGGUUCCAAAGCAAGUGAAAUUGAUACCACCACUCUUUCACCUGACGUGACUACUUCUGCAGUUCAAACUGAUAAGGAGGUUGACGUGACUGUUCCCGAAGCCACUGUUUCUGCUAACACAGAGAGCAAAAUUUCUACAUCACAAAACAUACAGACCACUGCAGCAACUACAGACGAAGUUGAAACCGAAUCUGUUGUUGAAACAACACUUGGCCCUGAUACCACUGUUGCCAAUGUUGGAGGCCAAACUGAUCCUGUGGGCCACAGUACAUCCCCUCCAAUCACAAGUGCUUCCUCUUCCACACAAUCUAAAUCAUCCGUAGCCGGUGCUGAAACUACAUUCGAGCCCAUGAAGACCACCGGUGAGGAAAAAACUGAGAACCUUUUGGCAACCACAAAAUCAUCUAAAGUUACCACCGAAACUGUCGCAAGGGAGACUGACGCGUCUGUUGAAACUACUGCUCUUCCAAUUACAGAUUCCAAUGAGAAAACUUCGUUAGGUUCCAAAGCAAGUGAAAUUGAUACCACCACUCUUUCACCUGACGUGACUACUUCUGCAGUUCAAACUGAUAAGGAGGUUGACGUGACUGUUCUCGAAGCCACUGUUUCUGCUAACACAGAGAGCAAAAUUUCUACAUCACAAAACAUACAGACCACUGCAGCAACUACAGACGAAGUUGAAACCGAAUCUGUUGUUGAAACAACACUUGGCCCUGAUACCACUGUUGCCAAUGUUGGAGGCCAAACUGAUCCUGUGAGCCACAGUACACCCCCUCCAAUCACAAGUGCUUCCUCUUCCACACAACCUAAAUCAUCCGUAGCCGACGCUGAAACUACAUUCGAGCCCACGGAGACCACCGGCGAGGAAAAAACUGAGAACCUUUUGGCAACCACAAAGUCAUCUAAAGUUACCACCCAAACUGUCCCAAGGGAGACUGACGCGUCUGCUGAAACUACUGCUUCUCCAAUUACAGAUUCCGAUGAGAAAACUUCGUUAGGUUCGAAAGCAAGUGAAAUUCGUACUACCACUCUUUCGCCUGACGUAACUACUUCUGAGGUUCAAACUGAUAAGAAGGUUGACGUGACUGUUCCCGAAACCACUGCUUCUCCUAACACAGAGAACAAAAUUUCCACAUCACCAAACAUACAGACCACAGCAGCAACUACAGACGAAGUUGAAACCGAAUCUGUUGUUGAAACAACACUUGGCCCUGAUACCACUGUUGCCAAUGUUGGAGGCCAAACUGAUCCUGUGGGCCACAGUACAUCCCCUCCAAUCACAAGUGCUUCCUCUUCCACACAAUCUAAAUCAUCCGUAGCCGGUGCUGAAACUACAAUGGAGCCUACGAAGACCACCGUCGAGGAGAAAACUGAGAACGUCUUGGCAACCACAAAGUCAUCUAAAGUUACCACCCAAACUGUCCCAAGGAAGACUGACGCGUCUGCUGAAAUUACUGCUUCUCCAAUUACAGAUUCCGAUGAGAAAACUUCGUUAGGUUCGAAAGCAAGUGAAAUUCGUACUACCACUCUUUCGCCUGACGUAACUACUUCUGAGGUUCAAACUGAUAAGGAGGUUGACGUGACUGUUCCCGAAACCACUGCUUCUCCUAACACAGAGAACAAAAUUUCCACAUCACAAAACAUACAGACCACAGCAGCAACUACAGACGAAGUUGAAACCGAGUCUGUUGUUGAAACAACACUUGGCCCUGAUACCACUGUUGCCAAUGUUGGAGGCCAAACUGAUCCUGUGGGCCACAGUACAUCCCCUCCAAUCACAAGUGCUUCCUCUUCCACACAAUCUAAAUCAUCCGUAGCCGACGCUGAAACUACAUUCGAGCCCACGAAGGCCACUGGCGAGGAAAAAACUGAGAACCUUUUGGCAACCACAAAGUCAUCUAAAGUUACCACCGAAACUGUAGCAAGGGAGACUGACGCGUCUGUUGAAACUACUGCUCUUCCAAUUACAGAUUCCAAUGAGAAAACUUCGUUAGGUUCCAAAGCAAGUGAAAUUGAUACCACCACUCUUUCCCCUGACGUGACUACUUCUGCAGUUCAAACUGAUAAGGAGGUUGACGUCACUGUUUCCGAAGCCACUGUUUCUGCUAACACAGAGAGCAAAAUUUCUACAUCACAAAACAUACAGACCACUGCAGCAACUACAGACGAAGUUGAAACCGAAUCUGUUGUUGAAACAACACUUGGCCCUGCUACCACUGUUGCCAAUGUUGGAGGCCAAACUGAUCCUGUGGGCCACAGUACAUCCCCUCCAAUCACAAGUGCUUCCUCUUCCACACAACCUAAAUCAUCCGUAGCCGACGCUGAAACUACAUUCGAGCCCACGGAGACCACCGGCGAGGAAAAAACUGAGAACCUUUUGGCAACCACAAAGUCAUCUAAAGUUACCACCGAAACUGUCGCAAGUGAGACUGACGCGUCUGUUGAAACUACUGCUCUUCCAAUUACAGAUUCCAAUGAGAAAACUUCGUUAGGUUCCAAAGCAAGUGAAAUUGAUACCACCACUCUUUCGCCUGACGUGACUACUUCUAAGGUUCAAACUGAUAAGAAGGUUGACGUGACUGUUCCCGAAACCACUGCUUCUCCUAACACAGAGAACAAAAUUUCCACAUCACAAAACAUACAGACCACAGCAGCAACUACAGACGAAGUUGAAACCGAGUCUGUUGUUGAAACAACACUUGGCCCUGAUACCACUGUUGCCAAUGUUGGAGGCCAAACUGAUCCUGUGGGCCACAGUACAUCCCCUCCAAUCACAAGUGCUUCCUCUUCCACACAAUCUAAAUCAUCCGUAGCCGACGCUGAAACUACAUUCGAGCCCACGAAGACCACUGGCGAGGAAAAAACUGAGAACCUUUUGGCAACCACAAAGUCAUCUAAAGUUACCACCGAAACUGUAGCAAGGGAGACUGACGCGUCUGGUGAAACUACUGCUCUUCCAAUUACAGAUUCCAAUGAGAAAACUUCGUUAGGUUCCAAAGCAAGUGCAAUUGAUACCACCACUCUUUCCCCUGACGUGAUUACUUCUACAGUUCAAACUGAUAAGGAGGUUGACGUGACUGUUCCCGAAACCACUGCUUCUCCUAACACAGAGAACAAAAUUUCCACAUCACAAAACAUACAGACCACAGCAGCAACUACAGACGAAGUUGAAACCGAGUCUGUUGUUGAAACAACACUUGGCCCUGAUACCACUGUUGCCAAUGUUGGAGGCCAAACUGAUCCUGUGGGCCACAGUACAUCCCCUCCAAUCAAAAGUGCUUCCUCUUCCACACAACCUAAAUCAUCCGUAGCCGACGCUGAAACUACAUUCGAGCCCACGGAGACCACCGGCGAGGAAAAAACUGAGAACCUUUUGGCAACCACAAAGUCAUCUAAAGUUACCACCGAAACUGUCGCAAGUGAGACUGACGCGUCUGUUGAAACUACUGCUCUUCCAAUUACAGAUUCCAAUGAGAAAACUUCGUUAGGUUCCAAAGCAAGUGAAAUUGAUACCACCACUCUUUCGCCUGACGUGACUACUUCUGCAGUUCAAACUGAUAAGGAGGUUGACGUUACUGUUCCCGAAACCACUGUUUCUCCUAACACAGAGAACAAAUUUUCCACAUCACCAAACAUACAGACCACAGCACCAACUACAGACGAAGUUGAAACCGAAUCUGUUGUUGAAACAACACUUGGCUCUGAUACCACUGUUGCCAAUGUUGGAGACCAAACUGAUCCUGUGGGCCACAGUACAUCCCCUCCAAUCACAAGUGCUUCCUCUUCCACACAAUCUAAAUCAUCCGUAGCCGGUGCUGAAACUACAUUCGAGCCUGCGAAGACCACCGUCGAGGAGAAAACUGAGAACGUCUUGGCAACCACAAAGUCAUCUAAAGUUACCACCGAAACUGUCGCAAGGGAGACUGACGCGUCUGCUGAAACUACUGCUUCUCCAAUUACAGAUUCCGAUGAGAAAACUUCGUUAGGGUCGAAAGCAAGUGAAAUUGAUACCACCACUCUUUCGCCUGACGUGACUACUUCUGCAGUUCAAACUGAUAAGGAGGUUGACGUUACUGUUCCCAAAACCACUGUUUCUCUUAACACAGAGAACAAAAUUUCCACAUCACAAAACAUACAGACCACAGCAGCAACUACAGACGAAGUUGAAACCGAAUCUGUUGUUGAAACAACACUUGGCCCAGAUACCACUGUUGCCAAUGUUGGAGGCCAAACUGAUCCUGUGGGCCACAGUACAUCCCCUCCAAUCACAAGUGCUUCUUCUUCCACACAAUCUAAAUCAUCCGUAGCCGGUCUUGAAACUACAUUCGAGCCUACGAAGACCACCGUCGAGGAGAAAACUGAGAACGUCUUGGCAACCACAAAGUCAUUUAAAGUUACCACCGAAACUGUCGCAAGGGAGACUGACGCGUCUGCUGAAACUACUGCUUCUCCAAUUACAGAUUCCGAUGAGAAAACUUCGUUAGGUUCGACAGCAAGUGAAAUUCGUACUACCACUCUUUCGCCUGACGUAACUACUUCUGAAGUUCAAACUGAUAAGAAGGUUGACGUGACUGUUCCCGAAACCACUGUUUUUCCUUACACAGAGAACAAAAUUUCCACAUCACAAAACAUACAGACCACAGCAGCAACUACAGACGAAGUUGAAACCGAGUCUGUUGUUGAAACAACACUUGGCCCUGAUACCACUGUUGCCAAUGUUGGAGGCCAAACUGAUCCUGUGGGCCACAGUACAUCCCCUCCAAUCACAAGUGCUUUCUCUUCCACACAAUCUAAAUCAUCCGUACCCGACGCUGAAACUACAUUCGAGACCAUGAAGACCACCGUCGAGGAGAAAACAGAGAACGUCUUGGCAACCACAAAGUCAUCUAAAGCUACCACCGAAACUGUCACAAGGGAGACUGACGCGUCUGUUAAAACUACUGCUCUUCCAAUUACUGAUUCCAAUAAGAAAACUUCGUUAGCUUCAAAAUCAAGUGAAAUUGAUACCACCACUCUUUCGCCCGACAUGACUACUUCUGAGGUUCAAACUGAUAAGAAAGUUGACGUGACUGUUCCCGAAACCACUGUUUCUCCUAACACAGAGAACAAAAUUUCCACAUCACAAAACAUACAGACCACAGCAGCAACUACAGACGAAGUUGAAACCGAUUCUGUUGUUAAAACAACACUUGGCCCUGAUACCACUGUUGCCAAUGUUGGAGGCCAAACUGAUCCUGUGGGCCACAGUACAUCCCCUCCAAUCACAAGUGCUUCCUCUUCCACACAAUCUAAAUCAUCCGUAGCCGGUGCUGAAACUACAUUCGCGCCUACGAAGACCACCGUCGAGGAGAAAACUGAGAACGUCUUGGCAACCACAAAGUCAUCUAAAGUUACCACCGAAACUGUCGCAGGGGAGACUGACGGGUCUGUUGAAACUACUGCUCUUCCAAUUACAGAUUCCAAUGAGAAAACUUCGUUAGGUUCCAAAGCAAGUGAAAUUGAUACCACCACUCUUUCGCCUGACGUGACUACUUCUGAGGUUCAAACUGAGAAGACGGGUGACGUGACUGUUCCCGAAACUACUGUUUCUGCUAACACAGAGAGCAAAAUUUCUACAUCACAAAACAUACAGACCACACCAGCAACUACAGACGAAGUUGAAACCGAAAGUGAUGUUGAAACAACACUUGGCCCUGAUACCACUGUUGCCAAUGUUGGAGGCCAAACUGAUCCUGUGGGCCACGAAACAUUACCUCCAAUCACAAGUGCUUCCUCUUCCACACAAUCUAAAUCAUCUAAAACUGGUGCUGAAACCACAAUCAAACUAACGAAGACCACAGUCGAGGGAAAAACUGAGAAUGUCUUGGCAACCACAAAGUCAUCUAAAGUUAUCACCGAAUCUGUGGCAAGGGAGACUGAAGCGUCUGCUGAAAUUACCACUUCACUAAUGACAGAUUUCAAUGAGAAAACUGUUUCUGCUAACACAGAGAGCAAAAUUUUUAUAUCACAAAACAUACAGACCACACCAGUAAAUACAGACGAAGUUGAAAUCAAAUCUAUUGGUGAAUCAACACUUGGCCCUGAUGCCACUGUUGAGACUGUUCCCAAAGCCUCAGCGAAAUCUCAACCUACUGAAAGUACUAAAAUUGUUUUAGCAACUGAUCUGGCCAAAACUACCAAAUGGUAUAAAUCAGCUGGUUCCCCAUCUCCUUCUAUACCGUUUUUGAUAACUCUGCCACCAACCGUCGAUGUGCUUGAAGUUGUUGAGGACUGUCCAAUGAGGAUCAAGUGUUUGUCCAGUACAAUGACAGUAGUUAUUAAUCAGCUGGACUUACCUGGUUUUGAUGGGGAAAGCUUAAAAGUCGUUGACGACAGUGAUUAUUGCCGCCCUGUUUCUAAUGGAACGCAUUUGAUUUUCAAUGUGCCUCUUUAUGGGUGUGGUACAACUCGACGGUACCUGAAUUCAGCUAUCGUUUACACGAAUACGAUUUUUGAUCGAGCCGUGCCUGGAAGUUUGAUUACACGUCGCAAGAAAUUAAAAGUUCCCUUCUCUUGCGUGUAUCCAACAUCAUCCAAGGUAUCGGCCUUGGGUUUCCAGCUAAACGAGGUUGUGCCGAAGUUAAUCAAGGAAGAACAAGGGUAUGGAGAAUUCCGAGUUUACAUUAACCUAUUUGAGGACAAGUCUUACAGUAAACCCUUGGUGGCUAGUGAUUAUCCGUACGAAGUGACAGUAGAAGAUCGGUUAUAUUUUGAAGUAAAGCUUGACACAGAUGAUAAAAGACUGGUUGUGUUCGCUGAAAACUGUUCCGUUACACCAACAGAUAAGCUCGAUGACCCAAGGAAAUAUUAUCUAACAAAGAGCGGUUGUAAAACAGACCCCACAGUAAGGGAUCACCCCUCACCUGCAAAUGCCCAUCGUAUGAGCUACGAGUCGUUCUCCUUCGUUGGCGUGGAUUCUUCUAUUACUUACCUGCAAUGUGAUGUUUUAAUAUGUGACAACAAUGCGCCUGACCAAAGGUGUAAAAACCGGGAGUGCUUAGAGGAAAAUGUACGGCGCCGACGAAAUAAACGUAGUUAUGGUAAUCACCAGUCUCUGUGGAGGAGUGCUGAUGCCUUCAACAUUCACAGUGGACCAGUCAUGGUUACCAACCGAAGAACGCACCACGCUAGAGUGCAAAAAAGUAUCGAUUCUCAGCCAGUACAUAAACCUGGUCAAAAAUUGUUGUAUCACGAACGACCGGCAAAUCUGGUGCUCUUCAUUUCAACCAUGGUUGGUGUAACACUCUUCAUCGUAGUGGUUUUUAUAUAUAUCGCGAAAGCAAAAAAUACCGAUAAAAUUCCAACGUUGCCUUAACGAGAAUUUUUUAUCGAUAAUUUCGAUCAAAACGUGACUAAGAGACAGAAAUGGCGUUGGACAAUCAUUUCUUACCAGAGAAUUUGCAGUAAAAAGUUCUUCGGUUCCAUAUCAGAAUUUUUUUUAAAAAAAAAAUGUGACUAAUUUUUUGUAGAUAUUUUUAUAACAAUCAAACCAAAAAUCUUUGUCAUAAAUAUUUUUUCCAUAGAAUUAGAGAGUUUGUUUUUGUUGUUGUUUUUUUUUUUUGAUUUGUUUUUGUUCGUAUUUGGAGGAAGAGGUAUUAAGUUAUGUCACUCAACUCUGAAAAUAUACACCUCAUUGUAUAUCUGUGUGAAACAUACCUCUCGUGUACACUUUAAGGUGUAGUUUUAACAAAGAAAUGUAUGUCUCGCUUGCUCUCAUCUUCGACUUAUAUUGAAUGCACUGAUUUUCAGUGGCGGCAUUUUUGUUUUAUAAUAGAUCACAUAAUAUGUGUUUUGUAGUUUGUUAACGUUCGUACUUAGAAAGUUUACUGAAAUUGAUAUUUAUAAAAAGCUUACUUUUAUUAGGUAUUUUUUACCAAUUCAUUUGUUUGAA